CCGAAGUGGAAAAAAGAAACCCUAAAAUUGAAGCGCGUUGUCACUAACUCACUAUAAACCUUAUAUUCUUCUCAACUUCUCUUGAAGAAGCUUCGACGGCGGCACCACAUCCCCGGACGCUACAAUGGGUAUUGAUCUGAUCGCUGGAGGUAAGAGCAAGAAGACCAAAAGGACAGCUCCAAAGUCCGAUGAUGUGUACCUUAAGCUUACUGUCAAGCUUUACCGGUUUUUGUUUAGGAGAACAAACAGCAAGUUCAACGGAGUGAUAUUGAAGAGGCUUUUCAUGAGCAAAGUCAACAAAGCUCCACUUUCUCUAUCUAGGCUCGUGGAAUUCAUGACGGGCAAGGAAGAUAAGAUUGCGGUCUUAGUUGGAACUAUAACCGAUGAUUUGAGGGUACACGAGAUUCCAGCUAUCAAAGUUACUGCCCUGAGGUUCACAGAGAGAGCCAGAGCUCGCAUUGAGAAAGCUGGUGGUGAAUGCUUAACCUUCGACCAACUCGCUCUCAGAGCUCCAUUGGGCCAAAACACGGUUCUUCUUAGAGGACCUAAGAACUCUCGUGAAGCUGUGAAGCAUUUCGGUCCUGCUCCUGGUGUGCCACACAGUCACUCGAAGCCAUAUGUUCGGUCCACGGGAAGGAAAUUCGAGAAAGCCAGAGGAAAGAGGAAGAGUCGUGGAUUCAAGGUUUAAGAUCAUUGUCAGCGUCUUUGAACUUGAUUUUGGAGUAUUGUUGCUUCUUAAUCCCUUUCGCGUAAUUGGAUAUUUUGUUAGAGAAUUGUGGUUUUUCGUUGCUUGGUUCAGACAUAAUGUUAAGUUUUGUUUUCUUCCUACUGAAUUCAUGGUGUGCUUUUUACGCAUUGAGCUACACCAUGAUAAAAACAUGAUUCAUAUCUAUUUUUAUGUUUUUGUCAUUGUGUGCUUUUCUUCGAAAAA